AUGGCAAAGAAGGCCAAGGCUCGUUUGGUGCAUGCGCGCCUCGUUUCCAUGGCCAUGACUGGCUUCUUCUACACCUUCAAGCGUCCUAGAACCGCACCCAUGAUGAGCAUGUUGAAAUAUGAUCCCAUCGUGCGCAAGAAGGUCUUGUUCCUCGAGACCAAAAAGAGGAAGUGA